CUGGCAGAUAGUUCUCCACAGUUAUCGGGUGACAACAGCCGAGGACGGACGUGUGUAAUAGCUACCCUCCCAUCCUUCCUGUUAUUGAUAAGAAGUUGAAUUAGCGCAUUUAAUUCAACUGACAGAAAAGCAUACAUAAUGUCAUCACCAAGCAGCCUGACCCCGGACAGUCCCAACAAGGGGUUCCUCCUUCAGAUUCCCUCACCCAUCAUCACCAGACGUAACCGCACCAAAUCAACGACAGAAAUAGCCAGCAGCAACCCGGAGGUAAAAGGGAAAGUGAAAUAUUUUUGCCGAACAAAAGGUCAUGGAUUCAUAACCCCGGAUGAUGGUGCCGAUGACCUCUUCCUUCACAUCUCAGAUAUUGAGGGAGAAUAUGUUCCUCAAGAGGGCGAUGAAGUGACUUACCGUCUGUGUCCCAUUCCUCCUAAACGAGAAAAAUGCCAAGCCACGCACGUACGCAUCAUCAACUUCACACCAGAAGUACAUCAUCGAUGGGACUGCAAACCCGAUGAGAAUAAACAUUAGACCGGCAGAAUCUCUACAACAACUACCUUCAUUAAAAUGGUCACAUAUAUGACACUGAAUGGCAUUUAAAGUUGACUUGGAUAAACCAACUAAAAUGUAUUAUAUUUCAGGCUGGUAGUUUAUCAGAAGCAGAAAUAUGCAUGCACAAAAAUAAGGUAAACUUUGUCCUUGUAAAAGCAUGGGCCUAGUUUUAUAUAAGUUGUAUUCAAUUCAUGGUAAUACAAUGAAAGUUGCAUUUUGACUGAAGCUUGGAAACAAUCAUUUUGUUUUAAGUUCAAGUUACAUUAUUAUGAAUGCCCCUUUUAUGAAGUUACUGAAUGAUUUAUUGAUCUUGCCAGUGACCUCUGAAAUAAUUUUACAGAAAAGAAAAACCAUAACCGUAGACACUGUUCAGCUCGAUGCUUUAGAAUAUUUUAAUGGUUUUCGAAUUGUGUGACUGAUGAAAUUGACUUGCUUUUAAAGUAAUUUAAAUAAGUUCUUUCCCACAGGUAUUGUUUAAUGCUUAGAGAAUAUAAAUGGGCUAUAAAUUUUAAACAAAUCGAGCAAAUGGUUUACAGCUAUAUAAAGUGUGAUGUGAAGUUUUAAAGUAUAUUUUUCUUGCUUAUUUGUUGAAGAACUGUUGCCAUUCUUUAUCCUGUUGCCAACUUGUGUGUAUCUUUGUGCCAAUGCUUAGGUUAGUGUAUUGUGAGUUGAUGAAGACUAUGGUGUGUUUAUUGCUGUGUUAAAAUAAAAGCAAAUCUUAGCAGGAUCCAGCAUUAUUAAGGCAUAUACUAAAUAGAAGUAAAUUUAAAUAUACCAAAAUUAGAAGAUUUUUUCUUCUUACAUUGAACAACAGAUAGUUUAAUGUUUGGAUUGAACGUGAAGUCAUUAAAGCUGGUCUGGAUGUUGAGAAUUAACUUGUCAAAUCUAAUGGGUUCUUUGCUUUUGGUUUCGUUUGUCUUGGUGUCAGUUUAAGUUUUCCAAGUAAUAAGUGUGAUGAUAAUUGAUGGUUGUGUUUUUGUUGUCUGAUAAUUUACAUCGUUUUAUUUGUGUACAGGCAGACUCCAAUUGACGAGAAUUUGAUUCACGAAAAUUCUUGGUUACGAAAAAAAUUUGCCCACGCUUUGAUUUACGAGAAAAAAUAUCGUUAACCAUUAUGAAAAUGUUAAAAUAAUGUAGUGUGUUAUUUAUCAGUUUGUUUAAGUAUUUCUCAGCCUUAAAUCAUUAUUUUCCAACACUCAUAAGGUUGUGAAGACACGUAGACUCGUCGCUCACACCACCACACAAGUCACUCAGUCAGUUGCCUAAUUGUUUAACUUCUCUUCAUUUACUCUCACGUAAUAAGUGGAAAAUUAAAUAAAAGAAAAUUAUUCCGUAUUCUUAAAUUUCAUUUGUUUGACCAGUAGAGUUGUAAGAGGUAAUGUGGAAUUUGGAAGUGAACAAAAUGCAUCUCCAAUUAUAUACGUUAAUGGUACGACAAUGUGAUUUUUUUGUUUCAAGUUUCAUAUUUUUCUCUUCUUGUACAGAUACAAAUUGCUGUACUGUGUUAAUGUUUAAUAUUAUUUUAUCGUCAUUGUGUACACCAUUUUAUAAUUUUUUUUUAUUGGAAAACUUGCAUCAAAUUAUGAGAGUAUUUUCAGGAAUGUAACCCUUUUGUAAAUCACAGUCUGUCAGUGUUUUAUUUUGAUUUUGAGUCAUUAUGAGGGUAGAUAAUGGUAGUUAUUGCAAGGUUCUAUAGUUUAUUAUUUUUACUUAAAAACACUUAAAUACUCAACAUUACUCACAAUUUUUUUAAUGCCGUAAGUAAACAAGAAUUUCAGUUAAUAGCAUACAGUAUCUUAAAUAUUUACUCCCAGUGAAUUAAAUUUUAACUGAAAGACAAAAGUUAUUUAAGGUUAGUGGUUGAUAUAAGUAUUUCCAGCUUUAGUUUAUAAGAUUAUUGCAUGGUACAAUAUGUGCAUCUCUGUUGUGCAUUGAAUAUUGUGCAGAAAAAAGCAUGGCAUUUAAAAUAUUAAUAAAUUUAUCCAGUUA